UCUCUCGAUUUAUGUCCCAAUCGGCCGAACACUUACUUUAUUAUUGCUAUUAGUUAAAGACGAGCUAGCGCACCAUGAAGUACCCCUACUCCCGCUGGCACAAGCACAAUCAUAUUCAUCUCCAUCUAGCUCGCCUUGGUCAAUUACUCAGUUGAGAGGAUAGUUUAAGUUGCAGGAGGAAUCGAACCCUGUCCAAGAUUCAGGCCAUUGCUAUCGACUAAGUAGGAGGUAGGAGCUUCGGCUUUGCUUUGGGGAAGAAAAGGAGCUUACCUUCUUGCUCCUCCCCUCUCCUCCCUGCGGCUUCGAGAGAGAGAGAGAGAGAGAGAGAGAGAGAGAGAGCGUGGAGCAAGUUCCAUGGCUUCCGCCUUCGCCGCCGCCGCUCUCCUCCUCCACUUCCUGUUGCAGUUGCUGCUCUUCCUUUCACCGUCAGCUGCCCAGCCUGGUUUCAUUAGCUUGGACUGUGGGGGAGCUGAUGAUUACACAGAUGGCAUCGGGAUCCAGUGGACUUCUGAUACUACCUUUGUCUCUGGUGGCCAGACAGCACAAUUGUUGGUAAAAAACGACCAGCAGAAGCAGCAGUUCACAACCGUGCGUUAUUUCCCCGCAGACAACAGGAAGUAUUGCUAUACCAUGAACGUCAGGAACAGGACGCGCUACCUCGUCAGAGCCAGUUUCCUCUAUGGCAACUUUGACAACAGCAACGUCUAUCCAAAGUUCGACCUCUCCCUCGGAGCAACUCCCUGGUCCACCAUUGUAAUCGAUGAUGCGACCACCCCGGUAGUCGAGGAGGCAAUCAUCUUAGCCGCUGCACCGACACUGAGCGUUUGCCUCUCUAAUGCCAGUACAGGGCAGCCUUUCAUUUCUACUCUGGAGCUUCGCCAGUUUAACGGCUCACUCUACUACACCACUGAUGAAACUCGCUUCUUUCUUACACUGUCUGCAAGGAUAAAUUUUGGAGCAGAAAGCAAUGAGUCUGUCAGAUACCCUGAUGAUCCAUUUGAUAGAAUAUGGGAAUCCGAUUCUGUGAGGAGAGCAAAUUACCUUGUUGAUGUUGCUCCAGGGACUGAAAGAAUAUCAACUACAAAACCCAUAUUCGUCAGUACCAAUGAAGAACCACCUGAAAAGGUCAUGCAAACAGCAGUAGUUGGCCAGGAUGGGUCCUUAAACUACCGCCUCGAUUUGGAAGGAUUCCCAGGAAAUGCAUGGGGAGUCUCAUAUUUCGCAGAAAUUGAAGAUUUGACACCAAAUGAAACUAGAAAAUUUAAGCUAGUGAUCCCAGGCAUGCCAGCAUUCAGUAAACCGACUGUUGAUGUGGAGGAGAAUGCUCAGGGGAAAUAUCGUCUGUAUGAACCAGGCUAUACGAAUAUGUCACUUCCUUUUGUGUUUUCCUUUGGGUUCAACAAAACGAAUGAUUCUUCAAAUGGGCCUAUUUUGAAUGCCAUGGAGAUUUACAAAUAUGUCCAAAUUACUAUGGGAUCUCAAGAUGCAAAUACCAUGGCUAGCUUGGUAUCACGAUAUUCACAAGCAGGAUGGGCACAAGAGGGUGGUGAUCCAUGUUUACCAGCAUCAUGGUCCUGGGUGCAAUGCAGUUCAGAAGCUGCUCCAAGGGUAUUCUCAAUCACAUUGUCUGGGAAGAACAUUACAGGAAGUAUCCCGGUGGAGCUGACAAAGUUAUCAGGGCUGAUUGAGCUAAGGCUCGAUGAUAAUUCAUUUUCUGGCCAAAUUCCUGAUUUCAGAGAAUGCCGCAAUUUGCAGUAUAUUCACCUUGAGAACAAUCAAUUAACUGGUGAAUUGCCACCUUCUUUGGGAGACCUACCUAACUUGAAAGAGUUGUAUGUUCAGAACAACAAGCUAUCUGGACAGGUUCCAAAAGCACUUUUGAGGAGAAGCAUCAUUUUUAAGUUUGCAGGCAACAGUGGCCUUCACAUCGUAAACAAUGGCAUUAGCCACACUGUAAUAAUUAUUAUAUGUGUCGUGAUUGGGGCCAUUAUAUUAUUAGGUGCUAUUGGAUGUUAUUUGUUUACAUGUAGGAGAAACAAGAAACCUUCAGAUGACACUGUUCUUAUUGCAGCACCAGCAAAAAAACUAGGCUCAUAUUUCAGUGAAGUAGCUACAGAAUCAGUGCACAGAUUUUCGUUGUCUGAAAUUGAAGAUGCUACUGACAAAUUCGAAAGAAGAAUUGGCUCUGGAGGAUUUGGCAUAGUAUACUAUGGAAAGCUGACAGAUGGGAGAGAGAUUGCAGUCAAACUUCUCACAAAUGACUCCUAUCAGGGCAUCCGAGAAUUCUUGAAUGAGGUAACAUUGCUUUCCAGAAUACAUCAUAGACACCUGGUGACCUUCCUUGGAUACAGUCAGCAAGAUGGAAAAAACAUACUUGUAUAUGAGUUCAUGCAUAAUGGGACAUUAAAAGAGCACCUUCGUGGAGCUGCUGAUGAAAAAAUAACUAGCUGGCUCAAGCGUCUUGAGAUUGCAGAAGAUGCUGCAAAAGGUAUAGAGUAUCUCCAUACAGGAUGCUCCCCAACAAUCAUUCAUAGAGACGUCAAGAGCAGUAACAUUCUCCUCGACAAGAACAUGAGAGCAAAAGUUGCAGACUUUGGUCUGUCAAAACCUGCAGUCGACGGGUCUCAUGUAUCAAGUAUAGUUCGAGGAACAGUUGGGUAUCUGGACCCAGAGUACUAUAUCUCGCAGCAGCUGACAGAGAAGAGCGACAUCUACAGCUUUGGCGUCAUUUUACUUGAGCUAAUCUCAGGGCACGAGCCAAUCUCAAAUGACAACUUUGGGCUCAACUGCCGUAACAUUGUUGCGUGGGCUAGAUCGCACAUCGAGAGCGGGAACAUACACGCCAUCGUUGAUGAAUCGUUGGACAGCGGCUACGACCUGCAAUCAGUGUGGAAGAUCACGGAGGUAGCUAUAAUGUGCGUGAAGCCCAAAGGCGCGCAGAGGCCAGCCAUCUCGGAGGUGCUCAAGGAGAUCCAGGACGCCAUCGCCAUCGAGCGGGGACCCCAGAUGCAUCGCACUAUCCAACAGCAGCUCAUGUCCAACAGGUCCAUGGAGGGUUCGUCGUCCGUGAACAACACUGGGGAUAGUAGUAGUGUGGCGGUGGACUUGGAGCAGAACGGAUCAUCCUUGGACGAGCUGCUCAUGCGGCCGGGUCUCAGAUGAGCCCUCCUUGUAUGUAUGCAUGUACGGGUUGUCAGUAAUUGUAGCUAGCAAGCAAGGGGAAAUUAAGUUUUGGCAAAUCAGUUGAGUAUCCAUCGAUGUGAAGACUGACUAGAAGAGGCGAAAGAAUGGUGAUGGAUCGUCUGUCGGA